AUGGAGCUCAGCCACCCGCUCGUGCGCGUCCCCUUUGAACAGGUCAGCAGGAACUUCCGUCUGUACCACAAACAGCUCACGCGGGAGCUCGCGCACGUCAGGGCACAGCUCGGAGCACUGGAAAAAGCCGAGUCGCGUCACUGUCUCGACAUUGACACAGCUGUCGAGACAGUGGCAGAGAUUGCAGCGACGCUGCGGAACUUGAAGCACUGCGUCUCGCACAAUGGGCUCAAGCAGUUUGACGAUCUCGCGAGCUGUGUGAAGCGCGCGCGGUCGCUCAAGACGCUGCACCAGUCAACAGAUCGAGCAGAGGGCUCAGGGGGUACGCUCCUGCGCGAGGAAAAGGCUCUGCACGACCGCCUCAUUGCCGACUACUUGCUGGGACAGGGACACCUUCAGAGUGGCACACUCGUGGCCGAUACGAAAAAUCUCACGUCGCUGGUGGAUCACGAGCUCUAUGCAGAACGCCACGCAGUUCAAACGGACUUGCGGGCGUUUCAGACCACGACAGCACUCGCGUGGUGCGCUCAGAAUGGCACGCGGUUACGCCGUCUGCAGUCGUUACUGGAGCUACGUCUACGGGUGCAGGACUUUAUUGAGCUCGUGCGCGCGCGGGAGCCGCUCGAGGCCGUGCAGUACGCCCGCGCGUACUUCUCGUCGUUAGCACUGCAACCGGACGACCAGGUGAUUCGGGAUGCCGCGAUCAAUGACGUGCAAACAGCGCUCGCGACGUUGGCAUUCGAGGCGCCCGAGACGUGCGGAAUUGCGGCCUACGAACAGCUUUUUGCGGCGGAUCGGUGGCUGAUGCUGGACAAGAUGUUCUGCAAGACGUUCAACAAAGUGUAUGAAAUGCACGACCCGCCGUCGCUGUGCAUUGCGCUGCACGCUGGGCUAUCGACGCUGAAUACACGCGCGUGUCAUCGCAUCCGAAGCGCAAACGCGAAGGCUGUGCUUUCGACGAAUGGAUCCCGAAGCAAGAGAAGUCGUCAAGAGAGAGAAGGAGGUGCUGACAACGGUACUGGCAACAACAAAGAGAUUGGUGCUGCAAGCGACGAGGGAUCGAUUGGGUUAAGCGCAGCGUUUGAGGCGAAAAGCGACGAUUCUGAUAACAGCGGCCAAGUAGCUGCUGGCUGCAACAAACGCGUACACGCUUGUGCCGAACCACCCGUACCCAUCUGCCCGGCAUGUAGUGAAGUGGGCAGUCAACUGUGCACGGGACUUCCAUUUGCGUACCAUCCGCACUCGCGACUGGUUUGCCGCGUUACUCAAAGUGUCAUGGACGAGCACAACCCUCCACUUGUACUGCCUAAUGGUCGUGUGUACAGCAAGCGAGGGAUUGAGCUGCUUACACAGCAAAGCGCCAGCGGGAAGAUCAGGUGUGUGGAUACCCACGAGGAAUUUUCGCCGGGCGAUGUCAAGCCUGUUUACAUCCUUUAG